UUAGCAAGAUUCCAAAUGCUUAGUUGGUUGCUUGUUAGCAAGCAAUUUAAUCGUAUUCCAUAAAACCAUUCUAAGAACCAUUCUUACUAGUUGCUUGCUAAACAUUGGCUGGAAUGGUUUGUUCAUUACGAAACCACAAAACCACAUUGGUCAAUUUCAUUUACAAUGGGGAAAGGGUUCAAUUCAGGACAUGGCGUUAGGCCUGAGCAUUUGGUGUGUAUUCAGAAUAGGGGCUGUAGAGCAGACGCUUCAAAAUGGCAACUGCAAAAGUUGUUCAAGCUGGAAAGAGGCAAAGGAAGCCUAACUACUCGGCCCAGGAAAAUCUUUUUCUUGCUAAGUGCUACGAAGAGUUUAAGGAUAUCAUAGACACACCACACAGGGAUGCCAAUAUCAACGCGAAGAAGAAAAAAGCAUGGGACAAUAUCUGUUCACAACACAAGACAAGAUUCCCGCAUAUUGAACGUUCUAAGGAUGAUCUAAAACUGAAGCUGUCCAAACUGAAGAUGGAAUCUCGAGAGAAGCUUCUGGAGAAAAAGAAUUCACGCAACAAGACAGGGGGUGGAAAACCCACAACUGAGCCCAACCCAGCCCAGCAGAAAAUCCUAGAUCUAUGUGAAGAAACCCCUGGGUUCAAGGGGCUGAAGAGUGUUGAGACUCCUGCUACAGUGUCGGCAUCCCAAGACCAAUUACCAUCCGAUGCAGGUUCCGACAAUGAUGGCGACCAAUCGAAUGAAACUGCAGAACCGGCUGAGGAAGUGACAGCAAGUGCAACCACAAGCCGUACCGGAACUCCGUCGUCAAGCACGAUUCCAAGGAAAUACGCCUCAUUCGAUGAUCUAGUUCACAUUGAGAAAAAAAACAACUUCUCAAACGAAAAAAAUCUUAAAUUGAAAAGAAAGAAACUUAAGUUACAGAUUCAGCUUUUGCAGCAGAAAGUAAAUGAAGUGAACUCGCCCAAAGACGAUGGUCAAGUAUUCUUUCACCUGUGA